AUGCUUCUGGAGCUAAGAAAGAAGUACCUGCUUGGUUUAAUUACCAAUGGAUCCUCAAAUGCACAGUGGGAAAAAAUACGACAACUCGACAUCACUCGUUAUUUCGAUGUCGUCCUAGUAUCUGGAGAUCUGCCUUGGGAAAAACCUGAAGCACGUAUAUUUCAUGAAGCUUGCAGAAUUCUUGGAGUUUCGCCGAGUAAUUGUAUAAUGGUUGGAGAUAAAAUAGAAACAGAUAUAUUAGGCGGUAUUGAAGCCGGAUUAAGUGGGACAGUUUGGAUACCACUAUCAGAUAAAACAAGACUAUCAGCUGAUGAACCGAAGCCGAAUUACACUAUUAAACGUGUGACAGACUUGCUAGGUAUUUUGAAUCGUCGUCCAGGUGCUCCGGAGCUUGAAGAUUCCUCUUCAAAUGCAUCUGAUGGAAGCUGA